UUUUUAACUGCCUGAGGGAGAGGGAGAGGGAGAGGGAAAGACAAACGCAAAAAACAAUGUCCACAUUUUCCGACUCGUUCGCACAAAGUGAGUCAACUCGUCCGUUUGACGACGACGAUUCCUACGCAGGUUACAAUUCACAGCCCUUCGAUGAUUCAUUCGCCACCGGCGACGAUGUUUUCGAGUCGCAGCCACCGAUCCACGGCCAGUUCUCACCUCAAGGGAAGGGAGAGUUUGGUGGAUCGGAGGGUCAGAUUUCGCUGUCACCGUCGGAGACGGAGGCUGAGCAGGGACCUGCUCUGAUAGAAUGGAGAAGACCAAGGCAAAAUGCGAUACUAUUGGAGGACAAGGAGAGGAGGGAAAAGGAGGUGUUGAGCCAAAUAAUCAAGGAAGCUGAAGAUUACAAAGUUGAAUUUUACAAGAAGAGGCAGUUCACUUGUGAGAGUAAUAAAACCACUAACAGGGAAAAAGAGAAGUUAUUUCUGGCCAACCAAGAAAAAUUCCAUGCUGAGGCUGAUAAGAAUUAUUGGAAGUCAAUUGCAGAGCUCAUUCCUAAUGAAGUGCCAGCUAUAGAGAGGAGGAAAGGGAAGAAAGAUCAGGACAAGAAGCCUGCUAUUGUUGUGAUCCAAGGCCCAAAGCCUGGGAAACCGACUGAACUCUCAAGGAUGCGGCAAAUACUAUUGAAAUUGAAGCAUGAUACACCUCCUCACCUGAAGCAUUCCCCAGCAGCAGCAGCAUCCACUGCUAAUGCUGCUAAAACCUGUGAUGCCACAGGAGUAACUACUUCCAUCAAGGCUAAUACUGUGGUGACUGCUCCUGAGCCUGUAGCUGUUGCUUGAUAAUUUUGUUGUUGCUUUCAUUCUCCAUUUAUUGAAAGAGGUGCAAGAGCUCAUUAGAAUGUGGUUGGCUUGGCUAACCUUUUUAGAUACGGUUCCCUGUUAUACUAGACUGCUAUUUUAUUUUAUUUUGCCUUUAUUGUGCACGCAACUAGGGCAUUUGAGCAGGUUUAUGAUUUGAUACAUUGCUUAUAAAAUUUCACCACUGCUUUUUCUAGUAGUACGCUGUUAUUCUGCGGUUGGAGACUGUAAAGCCGGAUGGCCCAGGAGCACGAAGUUUGGUGAUUUCAUGAUUCCAACGAUCCAGUUCAUCUGUUGUCCUACGCGGUGGAUGUGUGUUUGAGCUUGAAAAGCUCUUGGGGGCGGUGCAAUCCUGUUUUUAUCAUAUGGAUGUCGGCAAGCUAAUGAAUCUUUUAAAGCAGUCAUGGAAAAUCUGAUGUGUUGGGCCGCUGGGCGGCGCUGUUUUUGUGGUCCGCCUAUUUGGGUUUUAGUUGAGUUAUGUGGUCUUGCUACCGAACGACUUUAUCUGGAAAAGAAAGAUGAUACCUUCAGAGGACUCUUUUCUUUGGGGAUUAAUCUUAACUCACAUCUCAUGGCUAUGGAUGGGUACAUGAGGAACAUUACUGCAUGUGGUCCAGCUUCCAAGCGCUGGAGUUGGAAAUGACGCUGCUUGCAAAGCUUGACCCCUUUUCUUUUGCACAGCUCGAAAGUGUUUUCUUUGCCUGCUUCGGCGGUUUUAAUCCCCUACUUCGCACUUAUCGUAGGUUUUUUUU